AUGUACACGUUGCAAGCGAAGCCAGUGCAGCUUUCCACGGCACCGCGUGCUGCCCAUGCGACGACGAUGUCGAGGUUGGUGCCCAUAGCAGCUCUGCUCAGACCAGACGCGGUGGAGAAGUUCAAGGUUGACGACUACACCUACUACAACUUCCGCAACGAGACCUAUCAUUUCCCCGCUCAAGAUAUCGAAUAUGAGAGGCUGGACAUCAUGCACCAGUUGAUCUAUGACAUAGCACUGAACGGGCAAUUACAUCUGGCGCAUCUGAGGGCGAGCCCAGGCAGGAUUCUGGAUAUCGGGUUUGGCGAUGGAUUCUGGAUGACAGAAAUGCAACAGCAGUAUCCGGAGGCCGAGGUCAUUGGCAUCGACCUGGACAGCGCCGUCACAUCGACACCCGGCUCAAGACCUAUGUUCAGAUCUCCGGUCGACUUCAAUGCCCCUCAAUGGCCAGUUGAGGACUCGUCCGUGGAUCUGGUCCAUGUGGCUCAACUUCUGGGUUGCGUCCCCGACUGGCUCCAAUUUUACAGAAAAGCGUACAGGUGCUUACGUCCGGGAAUCGGCCACCUCGAACACGUUGAGAUUGAUUGGGCCCAUAGAACAACCGACCCCCAGUUCCCUGCUGAAGCUGCAGAUCUCUACAACUGGUGGCACUGGAUUCGACAAGCGUCUGAACUUGCUGGCAAAUCGCUUGCUUGUCGAGACGACACUGAGGACCUGUUGGAGGAAGCUGGCUUCAGAGACGUGAGCCACAGGCGGAUUCGGGUACCGGUCUUCUGGACCGGGAAGAGGGAUCGCAAGGACAUCGAUCUCGCUCAUGGCUACCAAACGGCUAUGGGCCCCAAGAACUCCCAGUCAUUCCACGGAUUCAGCAUGCUGCUCUUCACCCGGUAUCUACAUUGGACACCCCAGCAAGUCCGAGAUCUGUGCGACAGGGUGCUCAAGAUCAUCGAGUAUCGGCAGAGCUGUCCUCAGCUACAUCAAUUAUACGUCAACCUGCACAUCUGGACCGCCCGGAGACCUCAAACAUGA